AAAAGCAGCACAACGCAGAGCAUCGCGAGAUCUCGCGAGAACCGUGUGGUACUUGGCGUUUAAUCUCGCGAGAGUUCGAGUGCAUUCGGAAAGGAAUCACCGAAAGAUGGCGGCUCCGCCUGAUGAGGGGAGUUUAGAGUCUCGCAUCAACAAAGCGACCAACCCUCUGAACAGAGAGACCGACUGGGACAGCAUUAAAGCUUUCUGUGAGCAGCUCAGCAAUGACCCAGAAGGUCCACAGCUUGCAACCAGGCUUUUGGCUCACAAGAUCCAGUCACCUCAGGAAUGGGAAGCCAUGCAGGCCCUCACGGUUCUGGAGACAUGUAUGAAGAACUGCGGGAAGAGGUUCCAUAAUGAAGUGGGGAAGUUCCGCUUUCUCAACGAGCUCAUCAAGGUGGUUUCUCCAAAAUAUCUGGGCUCUCGAGCUCCAGAACCCGUGAAGAAGAAAGUACUAGAAAUGAUGUACAGUUGGACAGUCGGGUUUCCCGAAGAGACCAAAAUAUCUGACGCCUAUCAGAUGCUGAAGAAACAAGGUAUUGUGAAACAGGACCCUGCUCUUCCGGAUGAUAAGCCCCUCCCUCCUCCACCUCCCAGACCCAAGAACGCCAUCUUUGAGGAUGAAGAGAAAUCGAAGAUGCUAUCACGCUUGCUCAACAGCACUCACCCGGAAGACCUUAGAGCAGCAAACAAACUUAUUAAGGAAAUGGUACAGGAGGAUCAAAAGCGCAUGGAGAAGGUGUCGAAGAGAGUAAACGCUAUUCAGGAAGUGAAGGAGAGCGUCAAGCUGCUUACACAGCUACUAGCAGACUACAACAAAGACACUAGCUCGAACGACAACGAGGAGCUAAUUAAGGAUUUGUACCAACGCUGUGAGAAAAUGAGGCCCACCCUGUUCAGACUGGCCAGUGACACAGAAGACAAUGAUGAAGCUCUAGCGGAGAUCCUGCAGGCCAAUGACAGUCUGACGGAGGUGAUUAACCUCUAUAGGCAGCUUGUGAAGGGAGAGGAGGUGAAUGGAGACAGCAGCACUAUGCCAACACUUACGGGCAAACGUGCAGCCCUGUUGGACCUCACUGGACUGGACACAUCACCUUCAGUUCCCACUUUCCCAGAUUUCCCCUCUCAGCUCACACCGUCACAUGAGCUAGGCAUCAGUCUGCUGGAUGAUGAACUCAUGUCUCUGGGGCUAACUGACAACACUCCUAGUUCUACUCUGGCUUCCUCCCAGUCUGGUGAUGCCUCUACAUGGAACUCAUUCCAGACUUCAGAUACUGUAGACACUCCCAUCCCCCCAGUACCAGCCACCAUGCUGUUGCCAUCGGUUACUCCUAACCCAGGGCCUGUUAGUGCCCCCACUGCCACGGUUAAGGCCCUGGAUGAUCUGGACAUGUUGGGGAAGACUCUGCUACAGCAGUCUCUGCCCCCUGAGAGCCUGCAGGUCAAAUGGGACAAACUUCAGCCUCAGUCCAAGCCCACCCUGCGUGAUCUACAGAGCAAGUCAAAUACAAACCCAAGUCCUAUCCUAGUAUAUUCCUCUGAGCCUGGUAAUAUCCUGAACUCGCAGCACAACAGCGAGGCUCCUGCAUUGAGCAUCGGCCCUGCUUCCACUCCUCAGGAUGAGAUCUCUCUGGUUAAUGUCACUGUGGCCCUGGAAUCCAUUAAGCCUAGUAGCAUGUUGCCUGUGACUAUCUUCGACAAACACAGCUUGCGUGUCCUGUUGCACUUUGCGCGUGAGAGUCCUCCGUCUCGGCCCGACGUUCUGGUGGUCAUCCUCUCUAUGCUGUCGUCCGCUCCCAUACCCAUCACAAACGUCCGCUUCCAGGCUGCCGUUCCCAAGACAAUGAGGGUGAAACUACAGCCACCGUCUGGAACGGACCUGCCAGCAUUCAACCCCAUUCUCCCGCCUGCUGCGAUUACACAAGUCCUGCUGCUGGCCAACCCUCAAAAGGAAAAGGUUCGGUUGCGGUACAAGCUAACAUACGAUUUAGCUGACGAGUCCCAUGAUGAGAGCGGAGACAUUGAACAGUUCCCACCUCCAGACUCCUGGGGGAACCUUUAGCACAUAGAGUGACGAAGUAAUCGUGCCUGUGAUAAGAUGAAACGAUGGGAAUCAUGAAAAUAAAUUUGUCUGGCGGUCAAAAGGCAGAAGAAAUGCUGCAGCCACCCGAUCAUGCUCCAGGCUACACCUCCUGAAGUCGUACACACCACCCUGAUUUCCUCCCGAGUCUGACUGUAAAUAGUAUACGUAUUGCAAUUAUGUACAUUUGCCAAAAUUGAAAAACUACAAAGAUCAAAUAAGUAUGGAAGAGUAUGGAGUAGUGCAAAUAUGUAUUUAAGGGAAAUAAAGUUAUUCUUUUUC